AUGGUCGGACCGAGCAGCGAAGGAGUGUACAUGGCAGCCGCCUUUGGCCUCGUUCGUUCUUCCUACCACCAUCUCUCGGAGAAGAGGGCUGUCUCCCAACAGCCUGUGACCUUCACCAUUCCGUCCCACUCCAACAGCACCAGGAGGCCUGCCAACAUCCCCCUCCACAACCUCUCGAGCUCGGCCCGUCCCCGAGACCACGACUCUGCUUAUCUGCUCGACGACCACGAUAAGGACAGCGCGCGCUCCUCCUUCGACACCCCAUCGUCCGACUCGGGCCUCUCCGUCUGGAGCGAUACUGGUGACCUCGUCGACCAGCUAGCUGACCGAGAAGAUCCCCUCCGCAUCAACCUCGAAGCCGGCAACCCGUCGCGGCCACGCCAAAAGCAAAAGCGAGCGCGCUUUGCAUCUCAGGACCUCCACGAAAAGGGCGCCCACCAACUCCGGCUCGAAGACAUCGAGAUCCCCGACCCUGGGCCACGCACUAUCUCAAAGGCAGAGCAGAUACUCGCUCGCAUCAUGGCACCCAACGAUGGGCCCUCCCGUAUCCACGGGUUACACGGAAAGAAGCUGAUCUACUUCACCAGUGUCUUCGUCUCGUUAGGCGUGUUCCUGUUCGGUUAUGAUCAGGGAGUCAUGUCCGGUAUCAUCACCGGCAUCUACUUCAAAGACUACUUCAACCAGCCUUCCGCCGCCGAGCUCGGUACGAUGGUGGCUAUCCUGGAAGUUGGUGCCUUUAUCUCCUCGCUGGUCGUUGGCCGUAUCGGUGAUGUGAUCGGAAGACGCAAGACCAUCUUGUACGGCUCCCUCAUCUUCGUCGUCGGCGGCGCUCUGCAGACCUUCGCUACCGGUAUCCCCAUGAUGCUUCUCGGCAGAGUCAUCGCCGGUCUGGGAGUCGGAUCGCUGUCUACCAUCGUACCUGUAUACCAGUCCGAAAUCUCGCCGCCCCACAACCGAGGAAAGAUGGGUUGCAUUGAAUUCACUGGCAACAUCACAGGUUACGCAGUCAGUGUGUGGGUUGACUACUUCUGCACAUACAUCAAGAACGACUGGUCGUGGAGAGUUCCGCUCUUCAUGCAGUGCAUCAUGGGUCUUCUUCUGGCCGCAGGAAGCUUGCUUAUCUGCGAAUCCCCAAGAUGGCUCUUGGAUAACGAUCACGAUGAAGAGGGUAUUGUAGUUAUUGCCAAUUUGUACGGAAAGGGCGAUAUUCACAACCCCAAAGCACGAGAUGAAUACCGAGAGAUCAAGAUGAACGUCCUGCUCCAGCGUCAAGAAGGUGAACGAUCAUACAAAGACAUGUUUACGCGAUACUCCAAACGCGUCUUCAUUGCCAUGUCCGCCCAAGCCCUCGCGCAACUCAACGGCAUCAACGUCAUCUCGUACUAUGCACCGCUCGUCUUCGAAGAGGCUGGUUGGUACGGUCGCCAAGCCAUUCUCAUGACUGGUAUCAACGCCAUCACAUACCUGCUUUCCACCAUUCCACCAUGGUACAUUGUCGACUCGCUGGGUCGUCGGAAGAUUCUGCUCUCUGGAGCCCUCAUGAUGCUGAUCUCCCUCUCCGCCAUUUCCUACUUCCAGUUCCUGCAAGCGUCUUGGACACCCAACAUGGUCGUCAUAUUCGUCAUGAUCUACAACGCCGCAUUUGGAUACUCAUGGGGUCCUAUUCCGUGGUUGUACCCACCAGAGAUCCUGCCCCUCAGCAUUCGUGCAAAGGGUGCCAGUCUGAGUACUGCGACCAACUGGGCUUUCAACUGGUUGGUUGGUGAGAUGACUCCGAUCCUGCAGGAGCACAUCCAGUGGCGAUUGUACCUCAUCCACGCAUUCUUCUGCGCUGCCAGUUUUGUUAUCGUAUAUUUCAUCUACCCAGAAACUGCCAAUGUUCGCCUGGAAGACAUGAACUCCCUGUUCGGAGACGCUACCUCGGUUAUGCCCACUCCGGAGACCCUGGCGCAAGCCGAAUCACUUUUCAGCGGAGAAGGCCGCGGCUCUCCUGUUCCAUCGCUCGAUAUCCGCGGACGCCGCGCGCAAGACGAGGCCAUUCCUGGACUCAACAUCGACCCUCCUGACAUCGAGAGCGGCAACAAGGACAUGGCCAAGGCGGACACCGAGAACGGCGAGGGCAUCGGUGGCUGGAUCAGCAACAUGGUCAAGAGGACGAAGGGUAACGGCGAGGGUGACAGUACGAGCGGAAAGUACAAGCAAGUUGGACAGGACGAGGACUAG